AUGGCAUUCUCCAAUCUCUUGGAGCUGGUGGGGGACAAGGGACUCUUCCAUGCCCUGCUGCUCGUCACAAUCCUCCUGCCCUCCUGCCUGUUGCCCUGGCAUCUGCUCCUGGAGAACUUCUCAGCCGCCAUCCCGAGCCACCGCUGCUGGACUCCUCUGCUGGACAAUAGCUCCAUGACUCCCCAAAACCUCUCCCUCAAGGCCCUGCUGACCGUCUCCAUCCCCCCAGGCCCCCACCAGGAGCCCCACCAGUGUCUCCGCUUCCGCCACCCGCAGUGGCAGCUCCUGGACCUCAAUGCCACGGCCACCAGCUGGAGCGAGGCCGACACGGAGCCGUGCGUGGAUGGCUGGGUCUACAACACCACCCGCUUCACGUCCACCAUCGUGUCUCAGUGGGACCUGGUCUGCCAUCACCAGUACCUGAAGCCCCUGGCACAGUCCAUCUUCAUGGCCGGCCUUCUGCUGGGAUCCAUCAUGUGGGGUGUCCUCUCAGACCGGAUUGGCCGCCGGCGGGUCCUGGUCUGGGGUAUCCUGCUGAUGGCCGUGACGGGCUCCAGCACCGUCCUGGCCUGGAAUCUGUUUGUCUACUGUGCCCUGCGUUUCCUGACUGCUUUCUUGUUAGCCGGCAUCAUCAUGACCUCCGGGAACCUCACGGUGGAGUGGGUCACGACACCCAGAAGGACCUUCUUCAUGACGGCCAUUUCCUGCAGCUAUAGCACCGGCCAGGUGGCCCUCGGCGGCCUGGCCUUCGCCCUGCGGGACUGGCGGACACUCCAGCUGGCCGUGUCCGUGCCCUUCUUUGCCUUCUUCCUCAUUUGCUGGUGGUUGCCCGAGUCUGCGAGGUGGCUGAUUAUCAUGGGCAAAGCAGACAAAGGGCUCCAGGAACUCAAAAAGGUGGCCAGGAUCAAUGGCCGAGAGGAUGCCCACAAGAAACUGACCAUGGAGGUGCUUAUGUCCAGCAUGCGCGAGGAGCUGGACUCUGCCAAGACCCGCCAAUCAUUGCUGGACCUGUUCCGCUUGCCCGUGCUCCGCUGGAGAAUCCUUGGAAUGAUCACAAUAAUAUUCUCCAUAACGUUCUCCUACUACGGGUUGGUCCUGGACCUGCAGAGUCUGGGCAGUGACAUCUUCCUCUUGCAAGUCCUCUUCGGAGCCGUGGACUUCCUGGGCCGGGUCACCACCCCGCUGUUGCUCAGGUUUCUGGGCCGCCGCAUGGCACUGGCCAGCUCUUCAUCCUUAAGUGGCUUGGCCAUCCUGGUCAACAUACUGGUGCCACAAGAUUUGUGGAUCCUACGUACGGUCUUUGCUGUGCUGGGAAAGGGAGCCUUUGGGAUAAGCUUGACUUGCUACUACCUCUAUAAGACUGAACUGUUCCCCACUUCGCUGAGGAUGACAGCAGAUGGAGUCAUUAAUUCAGCAAGCCGGCUGGGGGGCGUGAUGGGCCCCUUGAUCAGAAUGACCCGCCAGGCUCUGCCUCUGCUACCUCCUCUCUCCUACGGUAUCGUCCCCAUCGUUUCCAGCUUCUUCCUCCUAGUCCUCCCGGAGACCCAAGGACUUCCACUCCCAGACACCGUCCAGAACCUUGAGAGACAACAGUGA